AACUGUCAAACGCGAGAGGCGGCCAUCGAAAUCGAUUUGUGUUCGAGUGGGGAGGCUGUUGUUUGUUUACAAGUGGGAUCAAAGAAGCGAGUCGUUCCGGAAAAUAAAAUAAAAAUCAACCUUUACGAUGAAUUCAGCCACAAAGGUGGGUGAAAUCUUUACCGCCGCGGGAGCUGCUUUUAAUCGCUUAGGCGAACUGACAAUGCAGCUUCAUCCUUCGUCCGAUUCUCCCACUGGGAGCAAGUGGACAGAUGAAGAAAUUGAAAUGCUCCGCUCGGCAGUGACGCGUUUCAGCGAAGAUCUGAACCAAGUCAGUCAACGGAUCAAAGGACGGACGGUAUCACAAAUCCGCCAAACUCUGAAGAAAAAGGCCUUCGAGGACGCCGGCAUUCAGAUGAAGCCGCAGCAACAGUCAGUUCCCCAGCAGCUUCCGCCAAUUAUCCCGCCUCAGACGCAAACCAUUCUGGUUCAGCAACAGCAGCCAAGCAUUCAACCGACGACAAGUGGGACCGACCAGCAGCCGACAUUGAUCGUAAAGCAGGAUGAUCACGAAUCCGGUGGAACCAGCAGUAACGAUGCUGCCGGUGCCGGCUACUUGAAUAAACCUUCUGAUAUGAUGAUGACCCUGAACCGUCUCAACGUGCAAGAAUCGGAAGCCGACGUCGAGGGUUUGGCGUCGUCCGAGGUCAAGCUCGAAUUCGAACCCGGCCCGGAGGAAGUGACUGGGUGAGAUGAGGUGCCCUUUUACUUUAGUGUCUCUCCGCGGCGGGGCUGAUUAUGCUUUCGACUCGCCGGAAAGAUGAUUUAUGACACAUUUCGUUUGUAUUCAUUAUUUUCUGAAGCUUUUCUUUCAUUCUUCGGUUAAUUUUUAAUUUAUUUUGACUUAUGUGGUUUGAGCAAUUGUGCGAAGCUCAAUCAUGAAUAAACAUUGCAAAAGUAUUGAACUGAGAAAUGUACCCGAAUGUUCUUGUGAGAAGUGAAAAAUAAUCCAAUCAAUCGUAACGCGUUGCAACUAAAUGUCGGAUGAAAUUGUAUGUAAAGUAAUAAAGCUAAUCAAUACACGUCAUAAA